AUGGCCCCGUUCUCGAAAGAAAAACAGCUCUACGAUAAACUUGAGAUCACACCCAAUGGCGAUCUCACGCGAAAUUCUGUUGCUCGAUCAAUCAAGCCCCCAAAAGAUUACCUUCCUGGUGAACCCCGACUUGGAAUAAACGACCACCGUGUUUAUGAAUAUCUUCAAUCUGAAUUCAUGACCGAAACCUUGAACGAUCUCUCACCUCAUCUUUGGCUUGUCGCAACACUGGAUAGCACUCACAUUUCCUCACUCAGGCACCAAAUCGUGAGAGGACGAAAUGUGAUCAUAACCGAAGAUCCAGGCCUGCAUCUGGUGUGGAUCUACGAUAGAGUCUUUGUGAAGCCAAUGCCAAAGUACCUCUUGUCGCAUGCCUUCUGGGAAUUUUAUCUUGACGAUGCAAACCCGAUGAUUCCCAUCUCAGCGGAUGAACGAGAGAACACAAAAAAGGCAAUUCUGGGGUUCAUGCGUUCCUAUGCUUUUCUUAUUGAUCACAAAUCGGAUUUCGACCUUGCUACCAACGAAAGUAGUCGCCUUUUACCGAAAAAUAUCAAAUAUUCUGCUUUUGUCAAGUUCAUCAUGGAGUUCAAGCAUCUACCCGAUGAAAAUGUCUCGCUGCGAUACAAAUUCGGUGAUUUACGCCUCUCACGUCUGAAUUUCUGGAUCACGAUUUUCCAAGGCCGCUUUACGUACCAUAAUGUCCAUGGGUACUAUGGUGCGUAUUUUGCGCGCUUUUAUGGCCCUCUGCUAUUUGUGUUUGGAGUGUUGAGUGUUGUGCUAUCUGCUAUGCAGGUGGCUUUAGCAGUGGGCCAGCCCCUCGAGGAUGGCUCGUGGUCGGUGUUUGCGUACACCUGCCGUGGGUUUGCAACGUGUUCGAUCUUCUGUGUGGCUUUGAUUAUAGUUGCUCUCCUUGCAAUGCUAGUUUUCCGAUCUUUACGGGAGACUAUAUUUGCACUAAAGGCUAUAUAUAAGCGCAAGGCGGGGAUUAAAUAG